AUGUACAUCCGAUAUGGACGUCGAAAGGGUCGAGCUGUCAUAGUUGUACUUCUUGGAAUCACAGCCUUAACCAUCUAUUCCGUAGGAUUCAAGAAUGGGGUUAGCAGCUAUGAGAGAAAUGCCACCAAAGAGGAUGAGUCUCUCGAGGACACAUUCGAGCCGGAGGAGCUCAUAACUGUUGUGGGAGCAGAAGCCUGUAAGCCGAGCCCACAUAACAAUGAUGCAGCUGAGUUUGAUAUGUUUGAUUUAUACCGUGAACAAGUGGCGAAAAAUGGAGUGAACCAUCCGAAAAAUUCGCAUCCACGGCAUCCAUCCAUAGACAAACUGAAGGUGUUCGUAUUACCAUUUACCCAUGUCGAUCCAGGCUGGUUGCAAACAUUUGACUCGUAUUCGAAAGAAACCGACGCCAUCUUGGACAAUAUGCACAAUUUCAUGACCACAAAUCCAAAUAUGACAUUUAUGUGGGCAGAAUUGGCAUUUUUUGAAAGAUGGUGGAUAAAACAAAGUGCAGUCGUUCGCGAAAACGUUCGUAGGUUAGUGCUAAGUGGCCGAUUAGAGUUAGCGUCUGGCUCCUGGGUAAUGACCGAUGAAGCCAAUGUUUACUUUCCUAUUACCGUUGAUAACAUCGUGGAGGGCCAUCAGUUCCUAAAGCAAGAAUUUGGAACUAUUUCACCCUCUGUGGUAUGGUCAAACGAUCCAUUCGGCUAUAGCAACUCUAUCCAGUACAUAUUUACACAGGCAGGUAUAAAACGGGCAGUAAUUAAUCGGGUACAUCACGAUAUCAAGAGAUAUUUGCAAAGUAUGAGAGCUAUACCAUUCAGAUGGCGACAGUACUUUGACACAACUGGAGAGUCGGAUAUGUUGACACAUCUAUUACCGUAUACACAUUACGAUAUUCUGAACUCAUGUGGUCCAAACCCGUCAGUAUGCUGUGAAUUUGACUUUAAAAGGAUUACACACUGGUCAUGCCCUGGCCCUAAGCCUGUUGCUAUAAACCCAUCGAAUGUUGAGACAAAAGCUCGAAAAUUGGUGUCACAACUUCAAGAGAUGGCACAAAUGUACGAAUCGAAUGUACUUUUGAUGGUACAUGGUGAUGAUUUCCGUUACAAUAUGCUUGACGAAUGGCAUCAGCAACACGAUAAUUUUCUUCCAAUUUUUGAGGAAAUUAACAAGAGCGGCCUUGCGGAAAUUCGUUUUGGUACCUUUUCGGACUACUUCAACGAAUUGGAAAAAUGGUACAAAGAUAAUGGAAAACAACCUGUGACACUCUCGGGCGAUUUCUUUCCGUACAAAUGCGCUCUUGGUGAUCUCUGGAGUGGAUACUUCACAACACGGCCGUUUGUCAAAAGACAGGAACGAUCUCUACAUAAUAUUAUUCGUGCUGCUGACUUGAUUUCUGCCCAGGCAAGACAUAAAAUGGACGAAGAUUCGGAGAAGAAUAUCAGUCGUAAACUUCAGGAUGCACGCAGAACUCUUAGUCUUCUUCAACAUCAUGAUGCUAUUACAGUAAGUUGUCUUAAAUGGAGAUAUAACUAG